AUGGUUCUGUCUGAAGCUUCCUUUUUGAAUUCCUACAGCGCUCUCCGCUCGAGCCCUUUUAAAGGCUUUAUAGAAGCCUUAAGCGUUAUCUCAAAGGGCAUAUUUCUAAAAGUGUGUAAAGCCUGUCAAGAAAAUAUGGCUUCGAUUCCCCCAUCGGCGUUUUCUGCUCGUCGCAUUCGAGAAACUCAGCGUGAUAUGAAAGUAUCCAAUAUAAAGAAAGGAACAGAACCUCCUCAAUAUUUUCACACUAAAUUGACGGAACUCACUCCAUUAAAAUACAACAGCAAGCUGAUGAAUAGUAUCUGGGGUUUUUAUAAUCGUUACUCUCCCCACAAUGUAAAGAAGAUCAAUGAUGCUCUCACUUUCAAUCAGGAAUUGCAGCAAUCUGCUGCCAAUUCCUCAAACAAAAUUCAAUCAGAAACCAUGCUCACUCUACCGGCCACCAAGCUUGAAAAUGUGUGGGCCUCCAUUAACGUUUCUCAAUCUCAC